GCAGUCCUGAUCUUCUGACUGUUGCUCCUCAAAUUUUUGGGAAUUCUACUGAUGGUGAAGUUUGUUGCUGUGUUUUUAAAUCUGGAGACAUUAAACGAUUCAUUAUUUUGGUUAUAUGCCUGUCUUGAGUUCCUCUUAUGUUCAUGGGAUGAUGGCACAAAUGUCCAGGAAGGGGAAGAUAAAAAUAUUCAUAUGCUGUAGGCAGCAUAUUUAAGUGUGAAAACCACCAACACUCUGCCACUUGAAACGGCCUGGAGAGUUUGUUCACGUCUUAUUUGUAUAUGGAUAUAGAUGCUCAUUAGCACGAGGUUUGAUAUGGAGAUGUGUUUCAGAAUAUCUCUGAUGUUUCUGCUCAUGACUGCUUAUGUUGAGAGUCAGUAUCUUCUGGAAAUGAAUUACAGCCCUUCAUAUGUUUGUGCAUUAAGGGGAUCAACAGUAACAGUGCAUUGUGCUUUACAAUAUCCUCUUGGUUAUACGGUCACAACAGCCAUCUGGAUCAAAUCAAUUUAUAUACCUGGAAGAGAACCACAAAACCUGUGUUUAGACACAAAUAACAGAGGAAAGAUUCAGUGUCACAAUCAAUCGACUUUCAGUAUCACGUUGACACAAGUGACAGAAGCUGAUAAACACAUCUACUACUGUGGAUUAACAACAAACUGUGGAUACAACUGUGGAUUUGGGUACAAUGUAUGGACAGGAGUUCCUGGAGUUCAGCUUGAUGUCACAGACCUGCAGGUGGAGACAAAUCAGAGAGUGAAAGAGGGAGAUUCAGUGACUCUUACAUGUAAAACCACCUGCAGUCUGACUGAAGAAACAACAUUCAUCUGGUACAGAAACACACAGAUAUUCACUAAAGGAAUAAAAACAUUGAAUCAACUUCACCUGCAGUCAGUCAGUCGUGAUGAUUCAGGAGUUUAUAGAUGUGAUGCUGUUAGAGGACCUGUACGACUUCUGUCCUCUCCUGAUGUUUAUCUUAGAGUAGGAGAUGUUGAUGGUCAGCAGGGUUGGGGAGUGAAUUACAGCCCUUCAUAUGUUUGUGCAUUAAGAGGCUCAACAGUGAGAAUAACCUGUACUUUAAAAUAUUCAUCUGGCCAUGUGGUCAAUAAAGCCUUCUGGACCAAAGCUGUUGUAAUUGAUGGAGAACCACCUGACCUGUGUUUGGACCCAGAAAACAGAAGAGGAGUUCAGUGUCACAGCGAAAAUAAAGACACUCACAGCAUCACUUUGACAAAUGUGACAGAAGCUGAUAAACGCAUUUACUACUGCAGAUUUAUAACAAACAAAGAAGGUAGUAAAUAUACAGGAGUUCCUGGAGUUCAGCUUGAUGUCACAGACCUGCAGGUGGAGACAAAUCAGAGAGUGAAAGAGGGAGAUUCAGUGACUCUUACAUGUAAAACCACCUGCAGUCUGACUGAAGAAACAACAUUCAUCUGGUACAGAAACACACAGAUAUUCACUAAAGGAAGAAUUACAUUGAAUCAACUUCACCUGCAGUCAGUCAGUCGUGAUGAUUCAGGAGUUUAUAGAUGUGAUGCUGUAAGAGGAUCUGAAUGUCUUCUCUCAUCUCCUGAUGUUUAUCUUAAUGUUCAGUAUCCACCCGAGAAAACCUCAGCAUCCAUCAGUGGAUCUGGUGAAAUAAUGGAGGGUGAUUCAGUGAAUCUGACCUGCAGCAGUGAAUCAAAUCCAACUGUUCACACCUACAGCUGGUAUAAAGUGAAGGAAACAUCAUCUGUUGGAUCUGGACAGACGUACACCAUCAAUAACUUUAACUCCAGUCACAGUGGAUGGUUUUAUUGUGAGGCUCAGAAUGAAGUCGGAUCUCAGAGAUCUGCUGCUGUAUCAGUCACAGUAACAGGGCUUCAGGGUGGUCUGUACACAGUUUACUGGAUUGUGGCAGGAUGUGGUGGUUUGUUUUUCAUCACAAUCUUCAUCCUCCUGUUAAUUAAGAAGUGCAGGAGAGAUUGUACAGCAGAAGACAUCAAGCAGAAGCAGACGGCUGACUCGAGUGAUGAUACAUACACAGCUCUGAAUCCUGAGUCCAGAACAUCUGAUGACAUUUACAACACAAUCAGAUCUGAUCAGUGCAGGGCUGCUGAUGGCGUCUACACGACUCUUGAGCUUCAGUCCAGAUCUUCUGAAUAUGACACAAUUACAGUAAACAAACAUUAAACUCUCUCAAUGCCAAUAUGGGAAAAAUCUCUCGAUCUCUUUGUCAUCUCUCCUCAGUUGUAUCUUCGCUGUUUUGCUUUUUUUGAGGGAACUUUUUUAAAUGUAUUAAAUUUCAUGAAAAUGACACACUUAUAAAGUAAACUAUGAAAAUGCUGGUUCUAAACUGUACACAGUGUGGCCUGUAACCAGCUGUUAUGUUGUUAUAUCUUGUUAUUGAUUAAUAGUUAACAUAAACUAACAAUAAACAAUGCUUUCACUAUUGACCAUACAUUGAUUUUUAUGAGAAAUAGAAGUGCUUAUGUUAAAUUAUUACAAGAUACAAGUUUUUGUGAAUCU